GGUUCAGAGUGGAGAGGUUGGCAGGAGGAAGAAAUGGCAGCCGACGCGCUGCGGUGUUGGCAGUGACCAAAAUGGCUAAUUUUUCGAUAGACCAUCGCUCACACGUACACAGAUUACUUUAAUAUGAGGAAUUUACUUCAAAAUCCCAUAGAUAUAUUCAACUUGGACGCGUUUAAAAGGCUUUAAAGCAUGGCUUUACUGAAUGAGAUGGUGUGGCGGUUUUUGCACGCGCUGCUCUAUGUCCAGCGCGCGCUGCUCGCCUGGUUCCGAGUCCACAUCUGGAGGUGGAAACGGGCCGUGCUGGGAUUGUUACUGCCUCUUGCCCUCGGCUUUCAUAAUCCGAAAAAGACUGGACCCAUAGGCAAACGGACCAGCCGCCGGGUUCGCUGGGGAGCCGAUGGCAGGACGUUAGAGAAGCUGCCACUUCAUGUGGGGUUGUUGAUCACUGAGGAGGAGAUCCACUUCACUGACAUCGCCAAUCUAGUGGUCUGGUGCAUGGCAGUAGGCAUCUCAUAUGUCAGUGUUUAUGAUAAUCAAGGUGUCUUCAGGAGGAAUAAUUCCAGACUCAUGGAGGAGAUCCUGAAACAGCAGCAGGAGCUUUUGGGAAUGGACAGUUCCAAAUACUCGGUGGAGUUUAUGAAGAACGGUACAGAUAAGCAAGAGCAUCAAGUGUUAUCUUGUCAGUCAGUGGUGAAGGUCUUAUCUCCAGAUGAUGGGCGGCUCAGUAUCGUCCAGGCAGCCCAGCAGCUCUGCCGGGCCGUUGAGCAGAAGGAAAAGACAUCCAAAGACAUUAACGUCACUGUGCUGGACUCAUUACUCAGAGAGUCAAAGAACAUACCAGACCCAGACCUGGUGCUGAAGUUCGGCCCUGUGGAAAGCACACUUGGGUUUCUUCCCUGGCACAUCAGACUAACAGAGAUUAUCUCCAUGCCGUCCCAUGUAGACGUCUCUUACGACGACCUGUUUGGUGCUCUGCAGCGCUAUGCGAUGUGCGAUCAGCGGUUGGGCAAGUGAGGAAGAGUCCGCAGAGAGCAGAACAGAAGGAACUGAAUGAGCGAGAGGGGAUGGAGGGGGUCCGUCCAUCUCUUCAUGUUUACAGUACAAGCACUGGAGCCUCAGCGCCAGCAACCCGCUGCUGCUGCUCUUCUCUGCCGCAUCAUCUCUGCUCUUCUCCGCCAAGGCCUGCCGGGCGUCUCUCUGUGUGUAUGUGUGUGUGUGAUUAUACUUGUGCAUUUGUGUAUGUGUGAGUCUCCCAUGAGUAACUACACGCUGAAAAGGACGCAAGCGCUGCCUUGCGAUGUGGCCACCAGCAAGCCGGUUGCUCAUAUGGUGUAAAUUUACCAUCAUUUUUUUUUACUUUCCCAUAUCUUUGGACACUUUGGUAUGGUGGCAGUUUGUAAAAGUGCACUGAACUCUACAGAAGUUAGUGUUACUCUAGUGUGACUUCACGGCAAACGAGAGCCCUUGGAGAGAGAAAUGCGCUUGUAGUUGCAUAGCUGCUUUCAGAUGGCGCAAACGUGCGAGAGAUUUCUAUUCGACGAAUCUUCUGCAUGCCGAAUCUGUCUUUCUGCAAUGUCAUGCUCCCAUUAAGGCUUAACAAGCUCUCUUAAAUGGUUAUGUGUGUUUAUUCGUAAUUGUGUUGUAUGAAUAUGCACGUGCGUGCCACAAAUGACAAUAAUUCGCAUUAAACCCUGAAGUUUGUCAUUCUAAGUGCGCAAAUUGACUGCUCUACAUCGUUCCCCCCGAAAGCUCUCGCCGUUUGUAAUGGCUUGUGGUGCUAAUUAUGUUUUUAUUUGAUUUUUAUUUGUCAUCAGUAAAUAUUGUUUCAUUCAGACGUCUGUUAUUUUUCUCUGUCAUUGUCUCUAUGCAUCAGAAAUGUUUCACAUUAAUAUUUCGUGAGAUCCGUGAUUGUUUUUUUUUCAUAAAAUGCCACAGGCUUUUCAUCGUUCUGCUUACCAGAAGAAGUCUUAAAUGUGUAAUUCAUGGGUUGCCGUUGGAAGGGUUGGUUUGCUAGUGUCCAGCGUGAAUGUAUAAUAAACGCUACUGGAAUCCUUUAA